AGGCCGCCCUUCGUCGCUGUCGGACGUCUCCGCACAGCCCGGCUUGCGUCUCUCUCAAACACGCUCCUGCCGCACCUCCAGCUCCGGCACGCAGUCUUGCAGUCGGGCCGGAAACACGACCCAUGAGCGAACCACGGCGGUGAAGACUGCGGCGGCGACGAUGAAGGCGUGGACGACGCGCGGCAGCGACGGCGCUGACGACCCUGACGUCGACUGCAGAGGGGCGUUCGCUGUGCGACACGCGUGCUGAACACGCACGCACCAGCGGCCUGUCGCUACAGUGAUUGUAAACAAAACAGCGCUGAAAACUGCCCGACACUUCACAGUUUCCCCCCCUGUAUUUCUUCCGCAAGGGACUCAUAAUCACCGGUAGCUACGUCGCCUCUGUAAGGCAACCAACUGCAGUGCGACUGUUUGGCACAAACCAGAAAGUUGUCGAACACCGUAGGACCGCGUAUUAGAGACGAAUUGAUCCUUUCCUAUUGUAGCACCUGAAGCAUUACUGUUGUUUACUACCACUCAAUCUGGAUGUCGAUUGCUCUGUGCCAUAGCGAAGCUGUACUUGCGCUUGUGGAAGGCAGAUAAAGAAAAGUACAUAUCACAUUCACGAAAACGUAUUGUAUCAAUUUCUGAGUUACAGCAAAGAGAAGACUCGGUAGUGAAUGACCAUAUAUAUUUGUGCUAUUUUUGCCAGUCAAAUGAGAAAGUGUCACACUGCAGGCGGUUUGUUGAUAUAGUGCAGUGUGGGAGUAAAACGACUGCUGUGUUUUCUUUUGGAGUUGUUGGCACAGAUUGGAACAAUUUUAUGGUGCACAGCUUUAACAAAAAAUUGACUCUUUCCAUGUUAUUGAGAAUCAAUAUCUUGAUUAGACGUGCCAUAGCAACGUUAAUACAAGGUUUACUAAACGUAAAUUUCAUCCUCUUGAAGAUAACGUUUCAAGCGGCAGUUCUCUCUCUGAGGUAGACAAAGACCAGGAGAUUUUCUGCAGACUCAAUAAUUUGUUCGAGGUUGCCUUUAAUCAGCCGUCGAAUUUCUAAGUUUCUCGGAGCAUUUCUAACAAUUCUCUCGUUCUGGCAGUCUAUCCAGCGUAUUUCUGAAUUUUGUUCUAAAAAGCAACCGACGAAUAUCGGGAAUAUACGACCAUUCGUGACGGAAAAUCUUGGUGAACACAGGAAGACCACUAUAAAUUUUUAAUGAAAUUUUUGUGGCGGUUUUCUUGCUGAAUAGCGGAUACGCUCGUGAGGGAUUUAUCUGACGCUCGUACAAAAAUAGCUUGAGCGUAAUUUUUUGCUUCGGGUCACCGCCCACCGCGAAGACGACCCAGAAGAAUUUUCGUCUCCCGCAUCGAUUUGCGGCUGUGAAGCAGUAGAGGCGUGCCGCAGCGUUUAGGGCACAGUGCGCCGAGGAAAAUUCGCCAGAGUCGGAAAAGCGGGCGCCGUCGCAGCGGCGGGCAUUUCCCGGAGCGGGCCGCAACAGUUUUUCCGGGCAGCAUCGCAAGUUGCGGCCACCUGUUGCUGCGUCUCGAGUCCCGACCCGGCGCCAGCGUACGGUGGCCGUCGGACCUUGGGAGCCUGCCGCCCACGCAGCGUAAAGGGGAGCUGCCGACCCGCCGCCCGCAGCUGCGUGCACACCGAGAGGAGAUGCGCCGGCUAGUGCUGUGGCUGGCCGCGGCGGCGCUGGCGGCGGUGGGCGGGGCCGACGCGCGCGCCUUCCCCCACGCGGGCCACCACAACACCUCCCCCGGCCGCGCCCACCACGGCCACGGCCACGCCAGCGGCAGCGCCAACGCGUCGGGCGCGGACGACCGGUCCGACCCGCUGGUCGUGGCCACCACCAGCGGGCUCGUGCGCGGCCGCUCCGUCACCGUGCUCGGCAGGGAGGUGCACAUCUUCACCGGCAUCCCGUUCGCGAAGCCUCCGCUGGGCCCGCUGCGCUACCGCCGGCCCGUCCCCGUGGACCCGUGGCACGGCGUGCUCGACGCCACCGCCAUGCCCAACUCCUGCUUCCAGGAGCGCUACGAGUACUUCCCCGGUUUCGAGGGCGAGGAGAUGUGGAACCCGAACACGAACGUGUCGGAGGACUGCCUGUACCUGAACGUGUGGGUGCCGCAGCGGCUGCGGCUGCGCCACGCCGCCCCGCCGGCCCCCGGCACCGCCCCCGGGGUGCCCAUGCUCGUGUGGAUCUACGGCGGCGGCUACAUGAGCGGCACGUCCACGCUGGAGGUGUACAGCGCCGACCUGGUGGCCGCCACGAGCGACGUCAUCGUCGCCUCCAUGCAGUACCGCGUCGGCGCCUUCGGCUUCCUCUACCUGCCCGACAUCGGCGACGGCGAGGAAGCGCCGGGCAACGUCGGCCUCUGGGACCAGGCGCUGGCGAUCCGGUGGCUGCGCGACAACGCGCAGGCGUUCGGGGGUUCCCCGGAGCUGAUCACGCUGUUCGGCGAGUCUGCGGGCGGCGGCGCCGUCUCGCUGCACCUUCUGUCGCCCGUCACCAGAGGGCUGGUGCGGCGCGGGAUCCUCCAGUCUGGAACGCUCAACGCGCCCUGGAGCUACAUGACCGCCGACAAGGCCAAGGAGGUGGCGCGCCAGCUGGUGGAGGACUGCGGCUGCAACGCUUCGCGGGUGGACACGGCGCCGCUGCAGGCGAUGGCGUGCAUGCGGGCGGUGGACGCGCGCACAGUCUCGGUGCAGCAGUGGAACUCCUACUGGGGCAUCCUGGGCUUCCCCUCGGCGCCCACCAUCGACGGCGUCUUCCUGCCCAAGCACCCGCUCGACAUGAUCGACGACGCCGAGGACCUCACCGACACCGAGAUCCUCAUCGGCUCCAACCAGGACGAGGGCACGUACUUCAUCCUGUACGACUUCGUGGAGUACUUCGACAAGGACGCGGCCACGUUCCUGCAGAGGGACAAGUACCUCGAGAUCGUCAACACCAUCUUCAAGAACUUCUCACCACUCGAGAGGGACGCCAUCAUCUUCCAGUACACGGACUGGGAGCAGCUUGGCGAUGGUUACCUGAACCAGAGGAUGGUUUCGGACGCCGUCGGCGACUACUUCUUCAUCUGCCCCAGCAACCUGUUCGCCACCAAGAUGGCGGCUCGCGGCGCCACCGUCUACUACUACUACUUCACGCAGCGGACGAGCAGCAACCCGUGGGGCCAGUGGAUGGGCGUGAUCCACGGCGACGAGGUGGAGUACGUGUUCGGCCGGCCGCUCAACCUCAGCACGCCCUUCACCGAGAGCGAACGGGACCUCAGCCUGCGCAUGAUGCACAGCUUCGCCACGUUCUCGCUCUCCGGGAGGCCGGGCGAUGACUGGCCCACGUACUCGUCGGACAGCCCGACCUACUACGUCUUCAACGCAGACACCAAGGGCACAGGCCGAGGGCCCCGGUCCAACGCGUGCGCCUUCUGGAAUGAGUUCCUGCCCAAGAUACGCAACCACCCAGAUCUGCAGCGAGGGUGCAGUGGAACACUGACUAACGUCUCUGGAGACGCCAGCGCCAGCGUCCCGCUGUGGCCACUUCUCGCGCUACUGACACCGCUGUCUCUAGGAGCUGCAGGGCUCCCUGGCACAGUCUAAAUAUGGCGGCCGUCGACCGCAGUCGGCGCCGGUGUUGUCAGCACCCAGCGAAAUUAGAAAAGAUUAGAAUAACGACGACUAUUUACAGUAUAUAAAGGAGGUGAAGGAAGUGUUGUGGAGGAGCGGGUACGUUUAACGUAUGUCGCAAAGGUAGGGUGAAUAUUUGGAGUAACAUAGAUCAAAGAGCUUCUCUUGAGACUAGUAGCUUAGCAGGAGUUGCGUUUGCGGUGUAAGCUGCAGUUCAAUGAACACCGAUCACUUUGACUGCAGCCGUCAGUCAGGUCUUGUAUGUACCACUAGAGGAGCUGAUUCGAAAACAAAAAUGCCAAAAAAAUCUCAAUUCUAUCGCAGUGGAGCUUUCUUAUCGUGUUGUCCACUUUCGAUUCGCACUGGAGAUACCCAUUUUCAUGUAAUGGGCAUGAUACUACUGUACUCCUUUUCUAAGGAGGUAGUUAUGUUUACAUUAUACAUGGAUGGGUUAAGCAAGGAAUAACAACACGAAUUAUUACAUAGUCCACAGAUGAACUAUAGGUUACUGUUCAAACUAUUAGUUUUUACAACGAAAUUUGUAAGCAACUUGUGGACUAUAACAAACUAAUUUGUAGGAUUUAGUAAUGUGUUACAUCCCAUAUAUAAAUAUAAUUAUUGCACAUAGUCUUUAUAAGAAUUUCUACAGAAAAACUGUAUCACCAUUGCAAGAGUAUGAUAAAUGACAUAUCAAUACAUUAUUUACUGUUUAAACAAUCAGCUGAUAUUAAGCUCUGGAUAUUUUCCAGGUGAUAAUUGUACUGUACAUAUCAUGAUAACUUCGAAUGAAUUCAGACAAAUCUUCAAACAUAUCACUAAUGUGUAAGAAAUUUCUUAAUAUAAGUAAUGAAUCAACUUUUUACAAUGAAAUAACUAAAAUCGAAUGUAACAUUCUGCUAGUGCAUUUUUUCAGAGGAAAUGGUAUGUAACUUUUUGAAAUGACUAAUGUGGGAUUCGAGUUUUUUCUACUGAAAUUGUGGCCAAUUCCAUGCCAGUGGAGAUAUAGUAGUACUUAAAGUAUUUUCAGAAUUUAUUCUGACGUGGGCGAAAUGGUCUUCUUCGUAGAAACUGUACAGUGCAAAAAAAAGGUGUUUGGAUGUUUUCAUUUUUCUACUGUAUACUCAACGUCUGGGAUGUUGAUGAAGUACUUUCAAGAACCUGCCUACAAUAAUGUCUCGUCUAGGAUAGCGUCUAGUGCCUAAAAAUUUUAUCUCUUACAAUGGAAAGAAGAAGAUAGUUCUGUAGCUACAUAUUCUGUUACUGACACUUUUCAGAGGAAGUUGUUCACUAUAAAGUAGGUCUCAAGCGAACUACAUUUCAUGUAUUCUUUCACUGCGAGCACAGAGAUGCCUGAAUUCCUGCACACAAUAUGCUUUUUGUCGAAGAUAUAAAGGGCAAUAUCUAAUUUUGCUGACGAACGCAGGGAAACGCAAUAAUUCCUAAAGAAGUCUCGUGUAAAUGAAAUAUUUGAAGUUUGAACAAUGGGCUAAAAAUGUGGAAAAUGAUUCUAAAUUGCUGUGACCUUUAACGAGUAAGGGUAUCGUCUUCAGUGCAUAGCGUGCUUAUUUGGUUCGUACCCCUUUUAUUUAUCCUACUACCUACUAGUGUACAUAACAAUAUUGCUUUUUUUGUCAUCAGUUUUCAGACUCGUUUAAUUUGGUCAGCCGCGAAUUCCUCGCCUGUACCAACCACUUCAUGUGAGAGCAGCAAUUGCAAGCUUCGUCCUCAAUUAUUUGCUGGCUGUAUUCCAAUCUAUGUCUUCCUCUAAAGUUUUUACCCUCUGCAGCUCCCUCUAGUACCAUGAAAGUUAUUCCCUGGUGUCUUAACAGAUGUCCUACAAUCCUGUCCCUGCCUAUUGUCUGUGUUUUCCAUAUAUUCCUUUCCUCACCGAUUCUCCGGAGAAUCUCCUUAUUCUUAGCUCAUGAUUAUUGGCUAUAGAUAUCAAAAUGACGACGACAUUCAGGCGUACCACUUGUUUUGUUAUUACAUUUGUUUUCCUGCAGAUAUACAUUUCAGGUUCAUGGAGUGAUUAACAUUUAAUUUGUUUGUAAUUGCAGAGUAAAAGAGAAGGAAAAAAACACCUUCAUUCUUACAUACUUCCUAAUUUUUCGGAAUUAGUUUCCAAAUGGGUGCCACGUAGGUUUAUUGCGUUACCCGAUUUAACCGCAUAAUAACACAGUUACAGUACAGAAAACCGACAAAGUUUACCAUAAACACUGCAACAGAUUGUCAUAAACAGUGGAGUGAAUUGUAAUCAGAAGGCAUACCAGUGAAUAGAAUGUAAAUAUCAAUACGUGAAAUGCAAAAAUGCAAAAAUGAAUUUUAUUACACCAGUCAAAUGAGCAAGUGAAAUGAAGUGACAUUAACAAAAAAGAAGAAUGGAAAACGGUGAAUCAGUUGCUGAAUAUAUGAAUAUAUUAACAUGGAAAGGGACUGAAGAGGUCGUUGACAUGCUGAUGGAUACAUCAGACACCUUUUUUUGGUAAUUUUAAUGACUCUUAACCUUUGUCUGCAGUGUAGUACCUUCACUCUGUCUUUCAUUUUCUCUAAGGUCAAUUUAAUUUUAAUCCCUUUGACAGUGACAUCAGUCAGUAAUACAAUGAGAUUACGGUACCAUGAUUAAAACGACGUGGAUUUUGAGGUUCACGUUUGUCUCAAGAAAUAUACCUUCCGUAUUUUCAUGACAAUUGCGAAACGUCGUAUAGCUUCAGUGAAUGAAGUAUCGCUUCUGGCUUCAUGACGUAAACAAAAAUUCAGAUUCCAUCAAUAGUAGUUGACAUCGAGCCAUUAAAGCUGAUGUUUGGUGGUAGCAAGCGUCUUUUACCCGAAAAUCCCAUAUUUUUCUGUGAUAGUCUGCUUGUUACAUCCACUUUCCUCUAAACGUCAUGUGUCAUUUUAUUUUUCACAGUAGCAGAAUUUCUUAACUAGAUUUAAUGUUAAGUUUAUCACAAAUCUCAUUCGUACUUCUCAUAAGUUUCACCAUCCUUCGUUUUACUCUCACUACUCUCAGUCCAUAGUGUGUGCCCUGCAAAUCUUCUUCACUUCCACUGAGAACAGUAAUAUCACCAGAGAAUCCUUUCGUUGAUAUCCUUCCACCCUGAAUUUUAAUUCCUCUCUUGACUGAACCUUUUUUUUUUAUUUCUGUCUUAUACACUUUUUGAUCUGAGCACCUCAUAUUUGGUUUUCCAUUCUUAUUUUUCCAUUUUGGUUCUUGUACACAUCGUAUGUUAGAAAUCUUCCCAUAUAGCUUAAAAGCGUUUUCUUGAGGAUUUAGAAUGUCUUGCACUAGUUAAAAUUGUAGAAUGCUUUUUCUAGGUAAAUAAGUCCUAUUAAUUUCCUUUUCUUCGUAUUGGUCGCCACAGAAAUAAAGUUAUUAAAAGAAGAUAGCAAUUUUUCCGUCUGCUGUAUUUAUUUUAUUGAUUCACGACUAGUUUCCGUCCUUUGGACGAUUUUGAAGUGAUGUUCUAUAUAAAAGAGCGCACAAUACGCUACCUCCACGAAUAGAAAGAUAUAAGUGGAACUUUUUAGAAACCAAGACAGCAUAUAUGUGAAACAAAACAAAGAGGGGACGUGAAUUUAAAGACGCUGUCAUUUCAAUGCAUAUAUUUUUACAGCAGGUAACCAUCAGUCUAAUAGGUUGCAUUGAUACUUUUACGAUUCUAUUCGUGAGAGUAAUGUAGUAUGCUCUGUUUCUUAGACAUAUUCACUUGAAAGUGGCCUAGAAGGCAGAAAGUAGUCGUGAACCAAUAAAAUAGUUACAGCAGACGUGGCUAAAUGCUACCUUCUUAUGAAUAUUUCUUGAUUUUUCUUAAGAUCUGUUUCCAGUAUGAAGCGGAAAUUUUGAAAUGUCUCUCUGGUGCCUUUACAUUGCUUAAAGGCUAACUGGUCGUCAUUUAACAGAUACAGUAAAACGUGAUUCUAGAGAUGGUAUCUAAGGUAAUGAAAACGUUGUGACUAUCUGAUUGCCUUGGGAUGAGCUAGACACCACCGAAACAUUGUUGCCGAGCCAACUAGUGAAAUAUGCAAGGAAUUUAAGUGAUUCGAAGUUUAUUUGGAAUCUCCGAGCCGCCAGUUAAGGUAUCCUCGGCCGUUGCGUGACGAUGGGUCUACAGAGAGAGGGCGUCUCUGCGAGACGCCGAGUGGCUGUGGGUGUGUCCGAAUUGAAGGCCAGCAGGAGGUUUGGGCUGUUCCUUUUUCGCCCUCUUUUGACGGCCGCGGGCGUCGCAGUCGAUAGAUCAAUACCGGGGGGCCGGAGAGACAGCGGCAGGGGCAGGGGCAGGGGUAGGCAGCCCGCGGCGCACGCCUCACCUCCACAACUUGCUCCUCCACUCCACCCUGCUCUCACACUACUGCUCCUCUGCCCCCCACAAAUCUUGCCGCAGUCUGCCGCCCUCGAGACAGGAAGGAAGGGCUCGGUUGCCUCAGUGGGGAUCA